UUCCCCUUUUUUUGGUUACCCAAAGUGCCCUUUCUCUCUUCCAAACUUUGACCGACCAGACGACUUUCUCGUCUUUCUUCUCGUUUCAAAUCCGCCAUUUCCUGUGUUACUCCCCGGCCUCUUGUUCUCCAAUUUGAGGCUCAGAUCAGCGACAGACGACCAGAACGACGACGUUCUCGCAGCACCCAGAUGGAAGAAGAAGAAGCUUCUCCUAGUAAUGACCAAUUGCCCGAAGGGAAAUGCAACGGCGAGGCUCUAAAAGAAAGAGAUAGUGGACCAACUGAAUUAGAUGGUCAAAAUGGUUUACCUGAAGGAAAGAAAGAAUUUGUUGCUCCAGCUGUUGGAAUGGAGUUUGAAUCUUAUGAUGAUGCAUAUAAUUAUUAUAAUUGCUAUGCAAAAGAAGUUGGUUUUCGUGUUAGGGUUAAGAAUUCUUGGUUUAAGCGGAACAGUAGGGAGAAGUAUGGUGCUGUACUUUGUUGUAGUAGCCAGGGUUUUAAAAGAAUCAAAGAUGUUAACCGUCUUCGAAAGGAAACUAGAACUGGUUGUCCUGCGAUGAUAAGGAUGAGAGUUAUGGAUUCGAAAAGAUGGCGGGUGCUUGAGGUAACGCUUGAACAUAAUCACUUACUAGGUGCCAAGAUUUAUAAAUCUAUUAAGAAGAUGGGCUCUGGAACGAAAAGGAAGUUGCAGUCGAGUUCUGAUGCUGAAGUGCGAACAAUCAAGUUGUAUCGAGCAUUAGUGAUAGAUGCUGGGGUUAAUGGGAAUCCAAAUAGCAAUGCUAGGGAAGUCAGGAAUUUUUCUGAACAUCCAAAUCAGCUCAAUCUUAGAAAGGGUGAUUCACAAGCCAUUUAUAACUACCUUUGCCGUAUGCAGUUGACCAAUCCUAACUUCUUUUACUUAAUGGAUUUGAAUGAUGAAGGGCAUUUGAGGAAUGUAUUCUGGGUUGAUUCACACUGUAGGGCAUCUUGUGGCUACUUUGGCGAUGUCAUUUAUAUUGACAACACAUGCUUGUCAAAUAGAUAUGAGACUCCCCUUGUGGCACUUGUUGGAAUAAAUCAUCAUGGCCAAACUGUGUUACUGGGUUGUGGCCUGCUUGCAGGUGAGACAUCAGAGUCUUAUACUUGGUUGUUCAAAGCAUGGCUUACGUGCAUGUCAGGACAGUGUCCUCAAACCAUUAUUACAGACAGAUGCAAGGCUUUGCAGAAUGCAAUUGCAGAGGUCUUUCCAAAAUCUAACCAUCGAUUCAGUUUGUUGCACAUAAUGAAAAAAGUUCCGGAAAAACUGGGAGGAUUGCGUAAUUAUGAUGCAAUCAGAAAGACAUUUGUUAAGGCAGUUUAUGAAACUCUGAAAGUGAUUGAAUUUGAAGCAGCAUGGGGAUUUAUGGUCCAGCAUUUUGGUAUCACUGACCAUGAGUGGCUUCGAUCUUUAUACGAAGAUCGAGCUCGGUGGGCUCCAGUGUACCUAAAGGAUAUAUUUUUUGCUGGAAUGUCUUCUUCAAGGCCUGGUGAGAAUGUGAGUCCUUUUUUUGAAAAAUAUGUGCAUAAACAAACUCCUGUGAAAGAAUUUCUUGAUAAGUAUGAAUUAGCAUUGCAAAAGAAGCACAAGGAAGAAACUCUUGCCGAUAUUGAGUCAAGAAACUCCAGCCCCACAUUGAGAACAAGAUGUUCAUUUGAGUUGCAACUCUCCAAAUUGUACACUAGAGAAAUAUUCAAGAGGUUCCAAUUUGAGGUGGAGGAGAUGUAUUCUUGUUUUAGUACAACACAGUUACAUGUUGAUGGGCCUAUCAUAAUAUUCUUGGUCAAGGAGCGAGUGUUGGGUGAAGGAAAUAGGAGGGAAAUUAGGGACUACGAAGUACUUUACAAUAGAACGGCCAGUGAGGUUAGAUGCAUUUGCAGUUGCUUUAACUUCUGUGGAUAUCUAUGUCGGCAUGCAUUGUGUGUGCUUAACUUCAAUGGUGUGGAGGAGAUCCCUUCCAAGUACAUUCUUUCACGAUGGAAGAAGGAUUACAAGCGCUUAUAUGUUCCAGAUCAAGGUUUCAAUAAUGUUGAUGUUGUUGAUCGCAUUCAAUGGUUCAAUCAGUUAUAUAGAAGUGCCUUGCAAGUUGUGGAGGAAGGGGCAAUUUCUUUAGACCAUUACAAAGUUGCAUUGCAAGCUUUUGAAGAGUCAUUAAAUAGAGUUCAUGAAGUAGAAGAAAAGCAGGAUUCUCCGAUGGAUAGAGUUUCCCUUAAUACCGAUCCGGUUGUUGAUGAUGAUGCUGAUGAAUUUGAGAUUGAAGGAGACUGUGGAAUCACAGAAUGUAUUGGUCAAAGUGGAGUAAUUCAAGGAGAGAAUCCACUGCCUCCUGCUGUUGGAAUGGAAUUUGAAUCGUAUGAGGAUGUAUAUUACUUUUACAAUUGUUACGCCAAGGAACAGGGGUUUGGUGUUAGAGUCAGCAACACAUGGUAUAGAAAGAGCAAAGAAAGAUACAGAGGCAAACUUAGCUGCAGUAGUGCAGGAUUCAAGAAGAAGAGUGAAGCAAAUCGCCCAAGACCAGAAACAAGGACUGGCUGCCCUGCGAUGAUAAAGUUCAGGUUGAUGGAAAACAGAAGGUGGAGAAUCAUAGAAGUUGAGCUUGACCAUAACCAUUUGAUCAGUCCAGCAAGUGGAAAAUUCUAUAAGUCCCAUAAGCACAUAGGUCUUGGAACCAAAAGAGCAUUGCAGUUAGAUGGUGCUGAUGAAGUUAAAAAAAUUAAGCUUUUUCGAACAGUGGUUAUCGAUGUUGAGGGAAAUGAGAGUGCAGAACUCAGUGAUGGAGAAUUUCGGACUACUAGUAGCAAAUCUAAUCAAUUGAGGCUUAAAGAAGGAGAUGCACAAGCUGUUCAUAAUUAUUUUAGUGGCUUGCAGAUGACUGAUCCAAACUUCAUUUAUGUGGUGGAUCUCAAUGAGAAAGGGUGUUUGAGGAAUUUAUUCUGGAUUGAUGCAAGGUCUAGAGCUGCUUAUGGUUACUUUGGUGAUGUAGUUGUUAUUGACACUACAUGUUUGACAUACAAAUAUGAAGUACCGUUGGUUUCAUUUGUUGGAGUGAAUCAUCAUGGACAGUCUGUGCUGUUGGGUUGUGGUUUACUUGCAGGUGAGACUAUUGAAUCAUAUACUUGGUUGUUUAGGGCAUGGCUUACAUGCAUGUUAGGACGCCCUCCACAGGCUAUCAUUACUGAUCAAUGUAGAACCCUGCAAGCUGCUGUUGCUGAUGUUUUCCCAAGGGCUUCACAUUGUCUCAGUUUGUCAUGUAUAAUGCAAAAAGUUCCAGAGAAACUUGGUGAACUGUACGAAUUUGAAGCGAUUAGAAUGGCAUUAAACAACGCAGUUUAUUACUCCCUAAGGCCUGAGGAAUUUGAAGCAACUUGGGAAGAUAUGGUCAACCGUCAUGGAAUCAGGGAUCAUAUAUGGCUUCAAACAUUAUAUGAAGAUCGCAGACGAUGGGUUCCUGUUUAUUUAAAGGAGACAUCUCUUGCAGGAAUGUUUCCAACUCGGCCAAAUGAGGUUAUGGAGUCAUUUUUUGAUGGCUAUCUUGAUAAACGUACUUCUUUGAAAGAAUUUUUGGAUAAGUACGAACAAGCCCUACAGGAAAAUCAUCAGCUUGAAACUUUGGCAGAUAUGGACUCAAGAAAUUCAGGUUUUACGAUGAAAUCAAGAUGUUAUUUUGAGUUGCAGCUCGCAAAAUUGUACACAAACAACAUACUAAGGGAAUUUGAACGGGAGGUGGAAGGGAUGUACUCCUGUUUUGGCACAAGACAAAUAAAUGUUGAGGGACAAAUAAUGACAUACAUGGUCAGGGAACAAAUCGAUGUGGAGGCAAACAGAAGGGAGACUAGGGAUUUUGAGGUUUUGUAUAAUGCAACUGAAAUGGAAGUGCUCUGUGUUUGCGGUUUGUUCAACCUCAGAGGAUAUUUGUGCCGGCAUGCACUGAGCGUCCUUCACCAGAAUGGCAUGGAGGAGAUCCCACCUCAGUACAUUCUAUCACGAUGGAGAAAAGAUAUCAAGCGGAGUUAUGUUCUGAAUCACAGCUGUGGUGGUAUCGAUGUUAAUAACCCGGUUCAUAGGUAUGAUCAUCUGUACAAAUGCAUCAUGCAGGUCGUUGAGGAAGGCAGGAAAUCACAAGAUCGUUACAAGGAUACAGUUCAAGCAUUAGAUGAGAUAUUGAGCAAGCUUCAUCUUGUACAGGGUCAUUUGUAAAUUAUUUUUAGACCCAAGAUCUGUAAUUUUGUGUGCUACAAGUUUAUGCUUUCAUGUAACUAUCUUCUUUGUUUAGCAUGGCUUUGAGCUUUAUUAACAUGUACAGAGAGUGUACAAGCAAUCGGUAACCAUUUCCGUCCAAUUAAAAUUUUUCUUUCCCUA